GGAAAAGCACGGAGGAAGAGGUGUCCGUCCGAGGGCAAACUUAAAGAGGGAUUCCUCGUAAGAGAAGUCAUCAGUGAUAGCCGUCUUCGCGGUUCCGAUUGUUCGGAGCUCAAGUUGCCUCGGCUCGAGAAAGCGUUCAUAUGCCAACUCGUUUCCAUCAGGACGCCAUGGAAACACGAAGCGAGAGGCAAAAGAUGCAGCAGAAAUUUUGAGAAAAUUGAGAAAAGGGACAGGAGGAAGAAGCACGUGGAUAAUGCUGCACGGGGCUCUACCGAGGGCCUUCCUGGCCCCAGGUCUAAGCUACAUGAGCUAUUACAGCGAAGAGAUUCAUCACCCGGCCUAUGUCGCGCCGCCGACCACGUGGCACAUCCCGAUGGACGACCCGUCCUCGCCGAUCUACUCCAGGAUCCCAGCGGCCGAGCACCACGCGUCCUUGCAGUCCUGGGAAUCCUCGAGGUCCUCGACGCCGUGUCCCCUGGAUCUUUCCUUGAAACCGCCACCGACGCCCAACACCCCGAAGACGGAGGAGAUAAUCGAGGUGGGCGACGAGAAGGAUCUCAGAAUUCGGGAGGAGAUCCAGACUCAUGUCGAGGGCCGCAGAGACAGCGAGGAGGAGCAACAGCUGAUCGUCGACGACCUGGACACUUUACGGACCUCCUCGGCGCAGAGUCAUCAAAGUCAGUACGAACGUCUGAUGCUUAACAAAGAAUCCGCUCGCUUCCACGACUCGCUAGUCGACAAGAUCCACCAUCUUCCCGAAGAGAGCACUCGACUGUCGUCGUAUCCCGGGAACGAGCUCGCCGCCAAGUACCAGUUGCACAGUCAGAAGCUCCUUCUGAGCCCGACGCACAUGCAAUCGAUGCAGAGUUAUCAUCAGCAACUGCUUUUAACGCCGCAGCAACAUCUCCAGAGCGUACACGCGCCCAUGACACCACCCAGCACCCCAUCACCACCUCAGUGUCCCAGGAGAAGAGUCCGGGAGGAGGAUCUCAUCUCGCCUUCCGGCUCCUCCCUGUCCACCCCGAAGCAGACCGGCAACGAGAAGACCCAAGCUCAUAGACCCAAGAAGAAACACGCCAGGAGGCUGAAAUUCGACGAAGACACCAGCAGCCCGGUCUCGGGCACCGUGAUCCUGGGUCCGGACGAGGCGGUGGUGACCGGCGACAUCGAUCCCGCCUUCAACAUCGUCGAGGUGACGGAGGAGGCUCGCGCCGAGCUCGCCAAGAUUGAGAACCGGCUCGGUCCGUACCAGUGCAAGCUCUGCCGGCAGCUUCACGAGGACGCUUUCCAGCUGGCGCAGCAUCGCUGCUCCCGAAUCGCCCACGUGGAGUACCGUUGCCCGGAGUGCGACAAGCGGUUCUCCUGCCCGGCGAAUUUGGCGUCCCAUCGACGUUGGCACAAGCCCAGAUUGCCCAACGCCGAUUCUGGCUCGUCUGCGACGUCGUCGUCCUCGCCCUCGUCCUCGUCGUCGUCCUCGUCGUCGGGGACCACCGCGGAGAUUCCGUGCACCAGAUGCGAGGCCAAAUUCACCAGACAAGCCGCUCUGCGGAAACAUCUCGCGACCCAGCAUCCGGAGACCAACAACAACGUCAGUAGCAGCAAUAACAAUAACAAUGUUCACGACGGUCAGGAGACUGUCGGCAAAGCGGACAUCGCUCAGACAGCGGCGAACAGCCAGUUGGCGAACGAGAUGACCUGACAUCAAUUUCCGGCGAGACCUCUGCCGAGGCGACCCGGCCUCUACUGGCGAUUCGGUCUUGAUUUGUAAGAGACACGCGGCUUUCGUCACUGUGAGUACACAAUCAAAACGCUAAGCAUGCUCGUUCUAGUAUUUCAAAAAAGUAAUGGAAAAGAGAAAAAAGGGAAAUGUAAAAAAAAAAAAAAAAAAAAAAUUAAUGUGAAAGAGAGAAAGAGUAUGGCUGUUAUUGUUAUUAAAUGGGAUACUUAAUUUCUAUAAUUGCACAGUUAAUUUUCAUUUGUUAUAUUUGUAAUAUCAAUAUCCCUUUGCAGAAAUUUUCUCUAAUCGAAUUUUUAAAGAUUAUUUUAUGUUUUAAUCC